GCAGGCGAAUGGUCUGGCCCGUCGGUAGCCGCCACCCGCUUGGGCAGCGACAGCUGUUCCAGGCGCUCCGUGUCGAGCACCGGAGUCCCGAGCCGUGGCUGCCACUGGUGGGCGGGCGGAGGAGAGCACCGGACCACCAGCGCAGGCUGCCGAGUCCGGGCGGCCGCCUGCGUGGAAGCCGCGAGACGCGGGAACAGCUGGGGGACCCCCCGCAGCGGGGACGCGAGGACCCGGGCUGGGCUUUCCUCACCCUGGUACCUUGUUAUCCCAUAACUUUGGUAUCCUGAAAUCUGAGGAUUCUACCAAGAUAAUAUGAUAAGAACUUUCAGUGAUUUGGGGCCAUAUCCCACUUAGACUAAUGUGGAAUUUCCAGAUUUCCUGAGAGCUUGGUACAGCAGCACGCACUGCUUGCUAAUCAGCACAGGCAAUAAUGCCAUCUCUGCCUCAAGAAGGAGUUAUUCAGGGACCCUGUCCCCUGGAUUUGAAUACAGAAUUACCUUAUCAAAGCACAAUGAAAAGGAAAGUCAGAAAGAAGAAAAAGAAGGGAACCAUUACAGCAAAUGUUGCCGGGACAAAGUUUGAAAUUGUUCGUUUAGUAAUAGAUGAAAUGGGAUUUAUGAAAACUCCAGAUGAGGAUGAAACAAGUAAUCUUAUAUGGUGUGAUUCUGCUGUUCAGCAGGAGAAAAUAUCAGAGCUGCAAAAUUAUCAGAGGAUCAACCAUUUUCCAGGAAUGGGGGAGAUCUGUAGAAAGGAUUUCUUAGCAAGAAAUAUGACCAAAAUGAUCAAGUCUCGGCCUCUGGAUUAUACCUUCGUUCCUCGAACAUGGAUCUUCCCUGCUGAAUAUACUCAAUUCCAAAAUUAUGUGAAAGAAUUGAAGAAAAAACGGAAGCAGAAAACUUUUAUAGUGAAACCAGCUAAUGGUGCAAUGGGUCAUGGGAUUUCUUUGAUAAGAAAUGGUGACAAACUUCCAUCUCAGGAUCAUUUGAUUGUUCAAGAAUACAUUGAAAAGCCUUUCCUAAUGGAAGGUUACAAGUUUGACUUACGAAUUUAUAUUCUGGUUACAUCGUGUGAUCCACUAAAAAUAUUUCUCUAUCAUGAUGGACUUGUGCGAAUGGGUACAGAGAAGUACAUUCCACCUAAUGAGUCCAAUUUGACCCAGUUAUACAUGCAUCUGACAAACUACUCGGUGAACAAGCAUAAUGAACGUUUCGAACGGGAUGAAACUGAGAACAAAGGCAGCAAACGUUCCAUCAAAUGGUUUACAGAAUUCCUUCAAGCAAAUCAACAUGAUGUUGCUAAGUUUUGGAGUGAUAUUUCAGAAUUGGUGGUAAAAACCCUGAUUGUAGCAGAACCUCAUGUCCUGCAUGCGUAUCGAAUGUGUAGACCUGGUCAACCUCCAGGAAGCGAAAGUGUCUGCUUUGAAGUCCUGGGAUUUGAUAUUUUAUUGGAUAGAAAACUAAAGCCAUGGCUUCUGGAGAUUAACCGAGCCCCAAGCUUUGGAACUGAUCAGAAAAUAGACUAUGAUGUAAAAAGGGGAGUGCUGCUAAAUGCAUUGAAGCUACUAAACAUAAGGACCAGUGACAAAAGAAGAAACUUGGCCAAACAAAAAGCUGAGGCUCAAAGGAGGCUCUAUGGUCAAAAUUCAAUUAAAAGGCUCUUACCAGGCUCCUCAGACUGGGAACAGCAGAGACACCAGUUGGAGAGGCGGAAAGAAGAGUUGAAAGAGAGACUCGCUCAAGUACGAAAGCAGAUCUCACGAGAAGAACAUGAAAAUCGACAUAUGGGAAAUUAUAGACGAAUUUAUCCUCCUGAAGAUAAAGCACUACUUGAAAAGUAUGAAAAUUUGUUAGCUGUUGCCUUUCAGACCUUCCUUUCAGGAAGAGCAGCUUCAUUCCAGCGAGAGUUGAAUAAUCCUUUGAAAAGGAUGAAGGAGGAAGAUAUUUUGGAUCUUCUGGAACAAUGUGAAAUUGAUGAUGAAAAGUUGAUGGGAAAAACUACCAAGACUCGAGGACCAAAGCCUCUGUGUUCUAUGCCUGAGAGUACUGAGAUAAUGAAAAGACCGAAGUACUACAGCAGUGACAGCAGUUAUGAUAGUAGCAGCAGCUCUUCAGAAUCUGAUGAAAAUGAAAAAGAAGAGUACCAAAAUAAGAAAAGAGAAAAGCAAGUUACAUAUAAUCUUAAACCCUCCAACCACUACAAAUUUAUUCAACAACCCAGCUCCAUAAGGCGUUCAGUCAGCUGCCCUCGGUCCAUCUCUGCUCAGUCGCCUUCCAGUGGGGACACCCGUCCGUUUUCUGCUCAACAAGUGAUAUCUGUGUCACGGCCAACUUCUGCGUCUCGGUCACAUUCCUUAAACCGUGCCUCCUCCUACAUGAGGCAUCUGCCUCACAGUAAUGAUGCCUGCUCUACAAACUCUCAAGUGAGUGAGUCUUUGCGGCAACUGAAAACAAAAGAACAAGAAGAUGAUCUAACAAGUCAGACCUUAUUUGUUCUCAAGGACAUGAAGAUCCGGUUUCCAGGAAAGUCAGAUGCAGAAUCAGAACUUCUGAUAGAAGAUAUCAUCGAUAACUGGAAGUAUCAUAAAACCAAAGUGGCUUCAUAUUGGCUCAUAAAAUUGGACUCUGUAAAACAACGAAAAGUUUUGGACAUAGUGAAAACAAGCAUUCGUACGGUUCUUCCACGCAUCUGGAAGGUGCCUGAUGUCGAAGAAGUAAAUUUAUAUCGGAUUUUCAACCGGGUUUUUAAUCGCUUACUCUGGAGUCAUGGCCAAGGGCUGUGGAACUGUUUCUGUGAUUCAGGAUCCUCUUGGGAGAGUAUUUUCAAUAAAAGCCCAGAGGUGGUGACUCCUUUGCAGCUCCAGUGUUGCCAGCGCCUGGUGGAGCUUUGUAAACAGUGCCUGCUAGUGGUUUACAAAUAUGCAGCUGACAAAAGAGGAUCGCUUUCAGGCAUUGGUCCUGACUGGGGUAAUUCCAGGUAUUUACUACCAGGGAGUACCCAAUUCUUCUUGAGAACACCAACCUACAACUUGAAGUACAAUUCACCUGGAAUGACUCGCUCCAAUGUUUUGUUUACAUCCAGAUAUGGCCAUUUGUGAAACAGAAAGGAAGAUCGCCAUUGGUUAUACAUAACAGCAAUUCAUUUUUUCCCCUGAAGUUGAACAUGCAAAGAACAUGACCAUUAAGUGCUGUUUUAUGUAUAUAAGACAUAUAUAUGUGUGAAAAUAUAUGCACAUAUGCACCCAAAUAACAUAUAUUUAUUAUAUUAAAUAAUAUAUGAAAUAAGAAUUAGCAGAAAAUGGAAUAUAAGACUUAACCUUUCUGGAAAUGUAAUAAACCAUGUUAAAAUUGUUUACACAAGUACGUGAAUGUCUAGAACUUGCUAGGUUUAUAAUUAAUUCCUUCCUACUAGAAAUGUUAUUUUUGCUGCAGAGUAUAUAAAACAAAUUGAUCUUGAGGAUCCAA